AGGGCCAUUUGAAGCAGAACAGAGGAAGUAUAAUUUUGGCCAUGAAAAUGGAUAUCAACCCCUAAAUAUUUGCCCAAAAAAAAUACAAUUAUGUUAAUUUUCCAUACAAUCCGCACAAGAAAUUCUGUAUUUACCAAAUUUUGUACUCCAGUAUUUGAUGCCCCAUGUUACCCAAAUGCCACGUGUCCUAAAAAGAGAAAAAGGCACCUUCACAAACAGACUGGAAGCACAGAGAGUCGACUCAGGUCAUUGUGGCAUUUUCGCAAACAGAUUGCGGGAUUUCAAUUUCAAGAUGCAUUUGAGCGAGAACGAGGGGAUAGAAGGCAAAACCUUCGUGGUCACCGGCGGCCUGGGCUUUGUGGGCUCCUCCCUCUGCUUCGAGCUGGUCAGACGAGGUGCCUAUCGAGUCCGGGCCUUUGACAUUCGGGCCGAAUCACCCUGGUCCGACGCUCUCCAUGAUCGCGGUGUUCGUUGUUUACAAGGGGACGUUUGUAAGAGAAAAGAUGUUGAAAAGGCUUUACAAGGGGCAGAUUGUGUUUUCCACCUUGCUUCAUAUGGCAUGUCGGGCAAAGAAAUGCUUCAGUAUGGCCGUAUCGAUGAGAUCAAUAUAAAUGGAACCUGCCAUGUCUUGGAUGCUUGCCUGGAGCAUGGGGUGAGCAGACUUGUUUAUGUCAGCACGUAUAAUGUUGUAUUUGGUGGGCAAGAAGUCAUAAAUGGAAAUGAGGCGUUACCUUACUUUCCUAUUGAUGAUCAUGUAGACCCGUAUGGCCGCAGCAAAUCCAUAGCCGAGCAGCUUGUUCUCAAGCACAAUGAUCGAUCCUUUAGAAAAGAGAAAGGGAAGUUAUACUCCUGUGCAAUCCGCCCUGCUGCUAUAUAUGGGCCGGGUGAAGAAAGGCACCUGCCUAGGAUCAUAAAACUUGCGAAGUUGGGUCUUCUACCGUUCAAAAUUGGUGAUAAGAAUGUGAAAUCGGAUUGGGUCUAUGUUGAUAAUAUUGUUCUGGCAAUGCUCCAGGCUAGCAUGGGCCUUUUGGAUGAUAUUCCUGGGAGAGUAGGACGGCCUGUUGCUGCCGGCCAAGCCUACUUCAUUUCGGAUGGUUGUCCAGUCAACAGUUUUGAGUUCCUCAGGCCACUGCUCGAAGGCUUGGAUUAUGACUUGCCUAAACUGACACUGCCCGUCUCCCAAGCUCUUUUUCUUGGAAAGCUUUUCUCAGUGUUCUACUCGCUUUUGUAUCCGUGGCUAAGCCAGAGGUGGCUUCCUCAGCCUCUGAUCCUUCCUGCUGAAGUCUACAAGGUUGGCGUGACCCAUUACUUUUCGUUUCUCAAAGCAAAGGAGGAACUGGGCUAUAGGCCUCUGGUUAGCCCUCAAGAGGGUAUGGCUGCAACCAUCGAAUACUGGAAGGAGAGGAAGAGAAGAACACUAGACGGUCCGACCAUAUACGUGUGGGUAGCUGUCGUGAUUGGAAUGACAAUGAUGUUCUGUGCUGCGUGCUUGCCUGACUUCGGCCCCGUUCCCCUGAUAAGAGCGAUUUGCCUUUUCUUUCACCGCUCCAUGACUGUGAUACAAGUAGUCUUCACGUUGGCUGUUGCUCUACAUAUUGGCGAGGGUGUUUACGCAUGGCAACUUGCAACAAGAUGUGAUCCUGCAAAUGCGACAGGUUGGUUUUGGCAAACUCUUGCUUUGGGAUUCUUUUCAUUGCGUUUUCUACUGAGAAGAGCUCAAACGAAGCCUAAGUAACAUCUCCUCUGCGGACUUGACUUAUGAUUGGAUGUAUUUGUUUCUAAGUUACUACAAAGUUUUAUUCUGACGUGAAAAGAAUAUGAUAUUGGUAUGAUAAAUACUUUUCUCGUUUAUUAAGUUCCUUGUAAUGGGAGACUACUCAUAUCACAAGAUCAAUGAUUGAUGAUGAUUGCA